AGUAAAGGCAGUUGAAGUUUGGCACAUUGAGUGAAAAUGUGGCCAACCCCUACCUUUUCCUCUCAAUCCUUCCCUUUCUUAUACUCUCUCUGAUAUCAAUGCCAUCAUCCUCAUCAACUGCAACAACCCUUUGAUGAUUUCUUUCUUUUUAAAACAUAUUCUCUUCCAAUUACAAAUCCAACAAAAAGGUGAAAUGUGGCCAAGGAAAAUUAAAAAGUUGGACACUUUCAUACCCACCCAAGCUUACAAAUGAAAAAAAAAAAGUUGAAGAAUUUGUGUUUCCAAAGUUCAGAAACAUUACAGUAGAAAGUAGAAGGAAACAAAAUAGAAACUCCCUCUUCAACUAUGUUGUACAGGAUACAAGAUGAAUUCUGGAGACAAAAAGAAGAAGGGUCUUCAAUGGCUGGUUGCUACUCUUGUUUUUUUUUCCCUAGCUUCUUAUAACUCUGGUUUUUGAAGGGUUCUUUGCAGAAUAUGGAAUUUUGGAGCUCUUCAUUAAAGAUAAGACCAGCAAUUUAGACCUUACACGACUGGAGCUGCUGGUUUUUUUUUUUUUGUUUAUUCUGUUUCUUGGACCAACAAAGUAAUGCUGGCAGUAUGGGAAAGAAAGGAAGUUGGUUUUCUGCGAUUAAAAGGGUUUUCAUACCACACUCCAAGGAAAAUCCAAGUAAUGAAUCGGAUAAAAGAAGCCGUAAAGAAAAGAAGAAGAAAGGCCUAGGAAAAUUAAGGCGUGGAGAAACCAAUUCCUUUAUCCCCCUCUUCAGAGAGCCCAGCAGUAUUGAAAAAAUUCUUGGGGAGGCUGAAAGAGAGCAUAAGAUAGUAUUCAGGCCUCCGACACCUCCGGAGCAGCCUCCGAUACCGCCUUUUGUGGCUCAUAAAGCUUCUUCUUCUCCACAUGGUCCAUCUCAGAGGAUUGCCUCUCCUAGGAUUGAUUCCCCGAGGGCUGCUUCCCCUCCACAAGCUCCUUCUCCGCCGUCACUUCCACGAGUUGCCUCUCUCGAGGCUGAUCCAGCUAAGGCCUUUCGUCCUCGACCAGAACCAACUUUAAGGAACCACCAUGCUUCAGCUACAAAAAUUCAAGCAGCCUAUAGAGGUUAUAUGGCAAGGAGAAGUUUUCGAGCUUGGAAAGGCCUUGUGAGGCUUCAAGGAGUCGUGAGAGGUCAGACUGUGAAACGCCAAACUACAACGGCAAUGAAGCAUAUGCAGCUUUUGGUGCGAGUUCAGUCUCAGAUUCAGUCUCGCCGGAUCGAGAUGUUAGAAAACCAUGCACGACAACAGGCUCGGUUUAAGAACGAUAAAGAAGUAGAGAGUGCCUUGGGUAAAUUGAGCUUUAGUCAGGCGUCCGAGGCAGGCAAUGAAGAUUGGGACGAUAGUCUGCUAACGAAAGAAGAAAUCGAGGCAAGAAUGCAGAGAAAGGUAGAGGCAGUCAUCAAGAGAGAAAGAGCCAUGGCCUAUGCACAUUCCCACCAGUUAUGGAAAACUACUAUGAAAUCAGAUUACACAGGAGGAUCAGACAUUCGCACUCGCGGACCGUGGUGGUGGAACUGGUUAGAGCGUCAGCUAUCUUCUAGCAAUGCUCCUGAAGGACAAGGCAUGAAGGAUUUCAAACUUACACCACCAAGGCCAAAUUCCGAAUUGAAGCCUAGUCCAAAACCGCCAUUGAGCAGCAAGCAACAUCAGUUUAUGUUUGACAAUAUGGACACUCCGACGCCAAAAUCUACGAAGUUGACCAUGCUUCCGACUACACGACCUAUGCAAACUCCACCUAGUAGAAUCCUACAAGGAAGCAGUUCAGCGUUGUUGAAAUAUUCGAGACCGGGAGCUAGUGAAGCGGAUUCACAAUUUGACUUGCCCAUGAAGGAUGAUGACAGCAUUACUAGCUGCCCUCCAUUUUCAGUUCCAAAUUACAUGACACCAACAGUUUCAGCCAAGGCCAAAGCAAGAUGCAACAGCAACUCGAAGGAUGUGUUCAUGGGGACGCCGGGAAGCGAGACAUCGAAGAGUAGGCUUUCGUUCUCUUUGACACAAGGGAUAGGAUCAUUCAAGUGGAGCCGAGGGUCUUCGUUUUCGAGCAAGGAUCAUUUAAGUUCUCAAAGGGGUUUAGAUAAGAACCGAUCACUUCAAUCUAUAGGCAAUUUGAGUGUGGAUUCAACCGUUUCAAUGCCUGCAACUGUUGGAAGAAAGCCAUUUAACCGAUUUGUUUGAUCUUUUUAUUUUUCUUAUUUUUUUAACCUUUGAUUACUUCA